AUGAGGAGUCGCCAGAAAAUGGAGGUGGAGACACUAGUGGCGAAGCGCAACGCCGCGGCGGCGAGGAAAAUCGCAUUCACGGCGGAGGUGAACCGUGUCAAUUGGAUCGCGCUGCCGAUGAUCGUCGUCACGGUAUCGCAGUUUCUGCUGCGGGUUUCGCCUAUGUUCAUGCUCGGCCACGUCGACCAGCUCUCCCUCUCCAGCGCCUCCAUCGCCACCUCUCUCUGCAACGUCACCGGAUUCAGUGUCGUUUUUGGGAUGGCUAGUGCUCUGGAAACUCUAUGUGGGCAGGCAUACGGUGCUAAGCAAUACAAAAGAGUGGGAACGCUAACUUAUGGUGCAAUGUUAUGGCUGUUUAUGGUGUGCAUAGUUCUCUCUCUCGUAUUCAUCUUGACCGAGAACCUGCUGCUUGUGAUGGGCCAAGAUCCUUCAAUAUCAGCUGCAGCAGGCAAGUUUGCCAUCCAGCUCAUCCCAACGCUCUUCCCCUAUGCGUUUCUCCAGUGCAUUGUUCGUUACCUGCAGAUCCAGAGCUUGAUUUUCCCCAUGGUUUGGAGCUCAUUAGCAUCUCUCUGCUUCCAGCUACCUCUCUGUUGGGCUUUCAUAUUCAGAUUCCAUCUCGGAAACUCUGGAGCAGCUAUCUCAAUAGCCAUAUCCUCUUGGUUCAACGUUCUUCUCCUCGUGCUUUAUGUCAUGUAUUCCCCUGCUUGCCAAGAAACACGAGCUCCGUUGUCAUGGGAUGUGCUUGUCACCAUGAAGGACUUCUUUCACCUUGCUAUACCAUCUGCUGCCAUGGUAUGUUUGGAAUGGUGGUCUUUUGAGCUAAUACUGUUGCUGUCAGGAGUGUUGCCAAAUCCACAAUUGGAGACAUCAGUUCUUUCUAUAUGCUUCACGAUUUCGUAUUUGCACUAUCACGUCCCCUAUUCUUUCGGCUCUGCUGCAAGUACGCUGAUCUCGAACGAGAUGGGGGCAGGAAAUCCGGACGCAGCCAGAGCCACUCUACAUGCAGUGUUGGCUCUGUCGAUCACAGAGUUCCUAGCAGCUGGAUUCGCCAUAGGGUCAUCAGGCCGCGUGUUAGGAUACGCAUUUAGUGCGGAUAAACAAGUAAUCUCUUAUGUCAAGAAAAUGGCGCCUUUCCUUGGCAUGUCUAUUGUCAUGGAUGGCAUACAGGCUGUUCUAUCGGGUGUAGUCAGAGGCAUCGGGUUGCAGCAUAUAGGGGCGUAUGUGAAUGCGGGAGCAUAUUAUCUGGUGUGUAUCCCAGUGGCUCUGUUAUUUGGCUUUUUAGUACACCUGAAAGGAGUUGGCCUUUGGAGCGGACUCGUGGCAGGAGCAACGGUUCAAUCUAUCGCGCUCUCUCUUCUAACAGCGUCUACCAAUUGGGAAAAGAAGGCAAUUGAAGCACGGCAGAGGAUCUUCUCGGAGGAAUUUCCAGUUGAAAAUGAUGGCAUAUUGAAGCAUGAAAAAGAAAAAUUGGUGGAGAGAUUGUGACAUAAAGCAUUGUUUUUGGAAGCAAAUUAAAUGUUUGCAUAUGUAUAGUAGUCACACCACUUCGUUAGAGAAAUCAGUGAAGGAAAAAUUUGGAUGAUACUGAAUCGUCAUGGAGCACAACAUGAAGCCGUGACGUGGACGUGGGGCUAUUACUUUUUUUUAAUUCUUUAUUACUUUUAUUUUUAUUAUUGAUUUCAACUUACGUAACAUUCAGCAUAGCUCAGGUGGAAUAAUUUUUUUUACUCCA